AUUAUACACUAUAACUGCAAACUAUAUCUGAAACAUAUUUAAGAGGAAGGAUGUGCUUUUUAGUGAUCCUAUUGAUAAUUUCAAUACCCGAUGAUUGUGUAAUGGCAUCUGUAAAAUUCUCUGAAAUAAGGGACACAAACAAAUGUCAGAUAACCUCACCUGGAUAUCCUGAUCACUAUCCAAACAAUGCAAACUUCACUUGGAUUAUUAGAGCUGGACGCAAUGAAUCUAUAUUUACUUUUGUUAUUGAUGACAUGGAUAUCGAGAUAUUCAACUCGGGUUUUUGUGACGACUAUCUUGAGAUCAAGGAAAUUGAGCCAUGUUGCUAUACCGCAUUUAAAGAAUGUGGGAAAAUAACGGAGAGGACUGUUCACACAAAAGGAAAGGAAAUCGAGAUAUCUUUUAUAUCCGACAGCACCCGAAGCGCAAAAGGCUUUAACUUGUCUUGGACGGGUACAUGUAACAUUGUUUCCAAAAAAUCACCACACAUAAAGCCGAAGACUACAAGUAGAAUAUAUCCUUCCAGUAAGACAACAAAUUUAACAAACACUCCUGGAAGAUAUACAACAACUGCUCCGUCAACAAAACUGACAAUCACUUCGUCAACAAUCACUCCAUCAUUAAGAACAACAAUUGCGUCAAGUCCAUCGUCGACAUCUCCGAUAGUACAAAGGAAGACAACAUAUACCCAAGUAAAACCAAUGACAACUCUUUUAACAACACACUUGGCAACAAUGUCUAAGUCAGAAACCCAUAUGUUGACAGGUAUGAAUUUAAAAAUUCUGAACUAGUCUAGAGAAAUAAAAACCUGAGAAGCAAACAACACCAAAUAGUUAAUGGUUAAAGAA